CUUUUUGUGCCUCCCGCACAGCUUCCGUGCACUUGAUCAUCAUGGGACAGGGCAUCGCUUGAUGUUUUUUUCCAUCUCAGCUCAAAUUUGUUGGCGUUUCGUCGUGGCAAAGAACACCGGUGGAUGCAAACUUUUGCGCCAUGGUGGAAUCUGCACUACUUCGGGGCAACAACCCGUUGCUCGCCUUUGGUAGAUCGGAUAGUUUUAUUCAGUUUCACCACCUGUCAAGAGAACAUUGCAUUUCGGAAUGAAAAUGAAGAGUAUUGAAUGACACAUCAGCGCAGGAGGUGCACGCCGCUUUCUCACCUGUCAAGCGUGAAAAAAACAUUUUUUUCUUAUGGGAAUUAAGCACUCGUCCCGUUGCAUGCUCCUCGGGAGAAAAAUGGCGGAAUCUGAGAGUAGUGAGGUAAGUCAGUAACCGACACAGCCACAGCCGGUCCGCAUCAUUGCAUCACAGUCGGCUCAGCCAACCUCUUUGCCAAAACCUGUGCCUUGCAUCCAGCCCAUCCCAAGACCUCUUCACCCAUCACAUACACCACAUGCUGCCAGCUUUCCAAGCUGCCCUGGACGGGGAAGGAUGGGAAAGCUGUGUAAUCCUGAGGAGAUGACCUCAAAAGACUACUACUUUGACUCUUAUGCCCACUUUGGUAUACAUGAGGAGAUGUUAAAGGAUGAAGUGAGGACACUCACCUACCGCAAUUCCAUGUACCACAACAAGCAUGUGUUCAAGGACAAAAUAGUUCUGGAUGUUGGAAGUGGCACUGGGAUCUUAUCCAUGUUUGCAGCCAAAGCAGGAGCAAAGCAUGUGUAUGGGAUUGAAUGUUCCAGUAUUUCUGAGUAUUCAGAAAGGAUCAUCAAAUCCAACCAUCUUGACAGCAUGAUCACCAUCAUCAGCGGAAAAGUGGAAGAGGUGGAGCUCCCUGUGGAGGAUGUUGACAUCAUUAUAUCCGAGUGGAUGGGUUAUUCUCUUUUCUACGAAUCCAUGCUGAACACUGUCAUCUUUGCCAGAGACAAGUGGCUGAAACCAGGUGGACUCAUGUUUCCCGACCGUGCCUCUUUGUAUGUGUUGGCCAUUGAGGACAGGCAGUAUAAAGACUUCAAGAUUCAUUGGUGGGAGAACGUGUAUGGCUUCGACAUGACUUGUAUUCGCAAUGUGGCAAUGAAGGAGCCCCUGGUUGACAUUGUGGACCCUAAGCAGGUGGUGACCAACGCCUGCCUUGUCAAGGAGGUGGACAUCUACACAGUGAAGACUGAAGACCUUUCAUUCACAUCAGCAUUCUGCCUGCAGAUCCAGAGAAAUGACUACAUCCAUGCACUGGUUACAUAUUUCAACAUCGAAUUCACCAAAUGUCACAAAAAAACUGGUUUCUCUACUGCUCCUAAUACUACAUACACACACUGGAAGCAGACCGUGUUCUACCUGGAGGACUACUUAACUGUGCGAAGAGGAGAGGAAAUCACUGGCAGCAUUGCAAUGAAGCCAAAUGACAAAAAUAUUCGGGACUUGGACUUCACCUUUGAGCUGGAUUUUAAAGGACAACUGUGUGAGGCAGCUAUUGUCCACGAUUACAAGAUGCGCUAGUUUUGCAGGAAACAGGCAUUAAAGACACCUGCAAGAAGCAGAGGAAGCCUAGACCCUUCCUGGACCGGUUUCAAAUAGGUGCAAUGAGGGCAGAAGGAUGGGCCAUUGUACAGAGGUGGUGGCCCCACUAACAACUUGCUAAAUAUGUUGCUAGUCAGGAAGCCAUGGGCACAGACUGUUAAACAACUUUGAAUGUAAUAGUGGGCAUGGGGAUUUUUCUAUCUUGUUCAGAGUUAGAUUCCUGCUUGGUGAAACGGAGUGAUGUAUCUGUGUUGUUUGGUUUUUCACCAUAACUUGAAACUCAUCGGGUAGAGAUAUAUGUCAAAUGACUGUAGGGUCCACAUUUUGUUUGUAAGAUUUUUAUUUGAUUAGUUUUGACCCUGUGCUGGCUGUCAGAUAAACCAUUUGUUCUUGUGUCAGUUAAAGCUCAGUAAUGGUGAAAAAAAAUAUGUGAGCUCAAAAGCAGCAGGGCUACUCUAAAUGUGUGUGUACCGUGAAGGGUAUCGUGUUAAAUAGUUGGUGUACAGUGCUCAUACCUCGCGUCAUGGACAGUGUCAAAGGUGAAAGUGUUUCACAAUCCGUACUGUAAUUCUUCUUGUCGUUAGCUGGAAAAGGUAUGUUUUAUAUGUCUGGUAUUGUUUGACCUGCUUCGAUGUCUACAAGCCUAGUACGUGAUCCAGUACAAGGGCUGUAUAAAAGAAAAUAUGCUUAACAAAAUCAGGAGGAUGCUGUGUAGGUUUGCACCACUGGAAAUUACAACUAUAAUAAUAAAAAGAUAUUUGCUUGCUAAAGUAUUUAGCCCUUUGAACUUUUUGACCUUUUGCCACAUUUCAGGCUUCAAACAAAGACAUAAAAUUAGAUCUUUUUUUAGGAUAAACAAUCAAUACCAUAUGGGGACACAAUUGUGAAGUGGGGCGCAAUUCAAAUGAUAUUUUCGACUUCUUAAAUAUAAACUGAAGUGGGGUGUGCAAAAUUAUUUAGCUACUAUGAGUUAAUACUUUGUAGAAUCCCCUUUUACUGUUAUUAUAGCUCUGAAUAUUUUUGGUAUAUGUCUCUAUCGGUUUUGCACAUUCCAUGAACUGAAAUUUCUUUUAUCUUAAAGCUAUAUCUUUGUAUUAAGCCUGACAUGUGGCAAAAGGUCA